GGGAAAGCUUAUAUUAAUGUAAAUGAUGCGUGGGUAUGACUGGCAUUCGGUAUUUUAGAUACCAGGAAAAAUAUUACGUGCCGGCUGCUGGAGUGCAGACGUUUCGCUCACGGGUCCUGAGCAUCGGUGAUAAAUUCCCUCGGUCUCUCUUCGGGACGUUUGUUCUCGUCAUACAUAGCUUGCUGGGCAGUUGAUCUAGGGAGUCAUUCAUCAGCCUUUUUUUUCUGCCCUGCAGGUUUCCAAGGCUUGAAGGAAACUUCUUUGCUGACUUGCGAUGUUUAGUUGUGAGUGGGGACAUCUCGCUCUACCUCUGCCUUGGGCAUCACUGAUGAAUUUUCCCUAUUUUCUCCCACAAGAAUGAUGGAAAACUGCAGUAGGGCUAUUGGCCCAUGCUAGCCAGGUUCAACUCACACCCACCCACUCUUGUCACUCAGGAGGUUUCUCAUCAUGCAUUCUAGGCAAUUGGCUUAGUAGAUGGCAUCUCUAAGUCGGGAAAAUAAUAUUGAAGCCACUAUUCCAAGUACUGAACAAAAUGAAGGAGUCACACUGUAUAUUAUUAUCUUGAAUGUGGGAGCUGUUCGUUGGUCUGUAAAGCAACGCUACAAUGCCUUCGCAGAUCUUCAUGACAAGUUAGUUAGCAACCAUGGGGUUGCUAGAGAUCUUCUACCACCAAAAAAGAUUAUUGGCAACAAGGAUCCUACAUUUAUAGAAAGAAGAAGAGCUGAUCUGGAACUCUACUUACAGACCAUCAUCAACUUUAUGCACCAUGCAUUGCCUCGAGAAUUGGCAGAAUUCUUGGACUUUCAGCAUUACGAAUUAACUCACCUUCUACAGUCUCUUGCGAGAUAUUGUUUCCUCGAGGGAGAGAAACUACUACAUGAGGGCCAGCCAGUCUCCUUCACACCUUUACAAUUACAUGCCAUCUCUUACCGGCUCAAGAAUCCUCUUCCUACCAAUGUGGCAUCAGAACAAGAGACAGAUUUCAGCCAUGUGGUCGACUUUAUCUCUCAGGUUCGACAUUUGGUCAUCGAGGGAAGCAACCAGUGCCUCAGAGCAAGUAACAUCAUCCAAAAUAAUCUUGCAUAUACUCUGAACACAUUCAAGAGUGUUGAGAGAUUAACACUGAAGAAUGCCAGUGUGUCCCAACUUGGUCAUCUCGGAGCAGUUAGAAGGACAACCAAAUAUUUGGAAGUGAAAAAUAGUGGGAUGGUACAUAUGUCAGAUAUUUUUCUAUGUGAUGUUGUGUAUAAGGAAAGUGUUGAGGGUAGUGAUCCCUACAGAUGGUCUAUGCUCGUUGAUGUUGAUGUUAGUUACAACCGUAUCACCCACAUUGAUGAGUCAGUUGCUUUGGCUCUUAAUGUUGAAAAACUUAAUAUUAGCUCUAAUAAAUUAUCAUCAGUGGAAUGUCUGACUAAAUUACCAAAUUUAGUAUCCCUUAAUCUCUCAAAUAAUCUCUUCAGUACCUUAGAAGAUAUGCACACUAAACGUAAUGUGGUUCAUUUAGUGUCACAAAACAGUUUGUCCUCAUUAAAAGGACUAAGUAAACUUUACUCAUUAUCAUCACUGAAUGUUUCAACCAACAAUAUCUGUGAAAUCUCAGAGGUUAGUCACUUGUCUCGUCUGCCUUGUCUGGAGACCCUUAUCCUCACAGGCAAUCCUGUUGCAACUAUAGUAGAUUACCGCACCAAAGUACUAGAGCUCUUUGGCAAGGCAUCAGAAAUCUGUUUGGAUAAUGAGAGACCAACUCAAAGAGAGCUGGAGUUUGUUGCAGUGCUGCAGGCCAUCAGGCAUCAAGAGAGGGGGUUACCCACACUGAGUAUAUCUAGCCCUCUUCCUAUCACCUCAGGCACUCUCUCGUUUGUCCCACCUGACUUAGCCACAGCUGUCAGUGAAUCGUCCAGUAACUAAUAAUCAUUUUGAAGCCUUCUUCCUUGAGAAAUAAUUAAUUUUCAAUUAAACCCUUUGACUGUCGCGGCCGUAUAUAUAUGUCUUACG